UGUUCGCUCGCAGUUUCUCAGCUUUCCAGCGAUAAUGGCGGAGGCGGCUCCUGACAGCACACCGACCGAGGUACCGGGGCUGGAGACCCAGCGACGGGAGAUCGAAGGGCUUAUCCGCGAUCGGGAGCUCGGAGCCGGGGACAGCUGGUACCUCUUGGACAGACGCUGGUUCACGCAGUGGAAAGAAUAUGUGGCGACUGGAGACCAGAAUUCCUCCUCCUUCCCCGGGCGGAUUGACAACACAGAGCUUUUCGAGGAGAUGGACUCGUACAGGCUGAAGGACCGGCUGGUGGAGGGCGAGGACUUUGUCCUGGUGCCCGCGGAGGCCUGGCACAAACUGUUGGGCUGGUAUGGUGCUGUGUCCGAACAGCCUGCCCUGGAGCGCAAGGUUGUGGAGCUGCCCAACACUCUGAAGGUUGAGAUCUAUCCAGUGGAGAUUUUCCUGUGUUUGCACAGUGACAUGGAGAACACAGUUACUGCCCAGAUCAGCCGGGUCGAUGCUAUAGAUGUGAUUCAGAAGGAGAUGAGACGUCUCUUCCAGAUCCCCCCCAGUGCUGAGACCCGGCUGUGGAUGAAGAGCUCGGAGUCGAGCUGCGAGAGGCUGAGAAACACCCACUUGAGCGCCCUGGAGGCCUGCCUGGGACCGGGCAUGACGCUGAUCAUGGAAACCAGGAACGCGGACGGCACGUGGCCAAGUUCCCGACCACAGAACACCAGGAACUCUGUGGAUGAGCAGGACUUGUAUCAAGGGCAGCCUGGGGUGUGCGGGCUGACGAACCUGGGGAACACCUGCUUCAUGAACUCGGCACUUCAGUGUCUCAGUAACACGCCCCCAGUGACGGAGUACUUCCUGUGCAGCGCUUACUUGGAGGAGCUGAACUUCACGAACCCGCUGGGAAUGAAGGGCGAGAUCGCCGAGGCGUACGCUGACGUCAUCAAGCAGAUGUGGUCAGGGAGGCACUGCUCUGUGGCUCCGCGCACCUUCAAGACGAAGGUGGGCCAUUUUGCCUCCCAGUUUCUGGGCUACCAGCAGCAUGACUCCCAGGAGCUGCUCUCCUUCCUUCUAGACGGGCUCCACGAGGACCUGAACCGGGUCAAGAACAAGGAGUACGUCGAGCUGAGGGAUGCAGAGGGACGUCCCGACCAGGUAGUGGCAGAGGAGGCGUGGAGGAAUCACAGACUCCGGAACGACUCUGUCAUUGUGGACACGCUCCACGGCCUCUUCAAGUCCACGCUGGUGUGCCCGCAGUGCGGCAUGGUGUCCGUGACCUUCGACCCCUUCUGCUACCUGAGCGUGCCGCUGCCCGUCAGCAAGGAGAGGGUCAUGGAGGUUUUCUUCGUGUCUGUCGAUCCCGCGGCCAAACCAGUGCAGCACAGGCUGCUGGUCCCCAAGGCUGGCAAGGUGUCUGAUCUCUGCACAGCUCUGUCUCGACGGACCAGCGUUCCUGCUAAUCAGAUGCUGGUCGCCGAUGUGUUCAAUCACAGAUUCUAUAAGAUCUACCACAGCGACGAGGCACUCAGCUGUAUUCUGGACCGGGAUGAUAUUUUUGUGUACGAGUUGAGCAGUGGUUUUCUGGAUGAGGAAGAGGAUGAGGUGGUGCUGGCGCUCUACCUGCGGGAGAGAUCUCACUAUCGCGAUUACAGCACGGGCAGCGGCAGCUACGGGACCUCCCUGUUCGGUCACCCCCUCCUGAUCUCCGUGGCCCGCGGGCACUGCGCCAGAGAGCCGCUGUACCAGGCUUUCUUGAAGCGCCUGGCCCGCUAUGUCCGCCCCCCUGACCCGUCUGAGGAGGAGGAGGAGGAGGAGGAGGAGGAGGAGGAAGAGGUGGACGAAGAUGACAGUCAGGAGGAAGAUCUGUACAAUAUGCAAACCAAUGGCUUCAGCGAAGAUGAGGAAACUGAGGAGGCGGAGCAGCCCGGCCCCUCCAAUCGCGAGCGAGGGGAGGGCUCAGAGGCAGAGGAGAACCUGUCAGGUAAACCAGCCGAACAGGGGGACCCGGCUCUGCAGUCGGCGCCAUCCAAUAGCGAGGCAGAGCAGGAGAGCAGCGGCGAGGAGAGCCCGCCCCAGGGGGCCGAGAUGGGAGGGGCCAGCGGGGACGCAGACAGCCAGCAGCCAAUGAAGAGCCCCCUUUCAGAAGAGGACGACCCGCCCGCUGACUGCACUCCUCCAGUCGAGAGCCAGGCCAAGAGGAAGCGGCGACCGGCGAGGAGGAAGAAGCCACUGUUCACGAUCCAGGCUGUCAACGCCAACGGGACCACCGAGAGGGGGCUGGGGGAGAGAGGCAGUGCCUUCUCGUUCAACUCUCAGCCUUAUGUCGCCAUUGACUGGGAUCCAGAGAUGAAGAAAAAGUACUACAACGAGGCUGAAGCUGAGAAGUUCAUCAAGCACAAGAGCAUGGACUUUGCUCUGAAGCAGGUGACGGUGAAGCUUCAGCAGUGCAUCGAGCUCUUCACCACCAUCGAGACGCUGGAGGAGGAGAAUCCCUGGUACUGCCCUACCUGUAAAAAACACCAGCUAGCCACAAAGAAGCUGGAUCUGUGGUCUCUACCAGAGGUGCUGAUCAUCCACUUGAAGAGAUUCUCCUACACAAAGUACUCCCGCGAGAAACUGGACACCAUCGUGGAGUUCCCCAUCCGGGAUCUGGACUUUUCGGGGUACCUCCUGCCAAAGAGGGGGAAGGAAGGGGACCCCCCGAGCCGCUAUGACCUCAUCGCCGUGUCCAACCAUUACGGGGGUCUGCGCGACGGACACUAUACCAGUUUUGCCAGGAACAAGGACAACGGGCAGUGGUAUUACUUCGACGACAGCAAGGUCAGCUUUGCCACUGAGGAUGAGAUCGUGACCAGCGCUGCCUAUGUUCUGUUCUACCAGCGCCAGGACAAAAUCCGCAAGCCCACCCUCCCCCAACCCCCCACCAGCGCCACGAAGCCCGGAGAACCUGCCGACGAGGUCACUUCCUGUGCGAAGGAAGAGCCAGACAGGGCCGCUUUGGGUCUUGGCAUGGAGACGGACUGACCUGUGGCCGACCCCAGCCCUCCUUCUCAAGACUUGAAUCUAAGGUCCUCCCCCCCACCCCCCCCAUUCUUAAGGGGAAGAGGCUAAUUCUCAGGAUGGCGCGGAGCAGUGGUUUGGAGAGAAGACAGGUUGUGAAACGGCCGCCAUCUUGGCUCCUCUACGGCGACCGAGCUGGGUGUUGAGGCUGGAGCCAAAAUGGCAGCCACCAGGUUGCAGUUUCAUAACCUUUUGCUUCUGGUGCUAGUGACGGCUUUUUUCAAGGCCUCAACCGAUUGUCAGCACCUGCUUUCUCUCGAGCCGAACCGUCGAAAUGAUGGGUUUUGCACAGCGCUCGUUUUUUGCUUCGUUUUUUUUUUUUUUUUUUUUUUUUUUUUUUUUUUUUUUUUUUGGUAAUAAACCCGUUGCUUGUCUGUGCUUCCUUGCGAGGUCUGUUUUUACCCUUGUGGUUUUGUUUUAAAAUAACAACAGGGCGGAUGUUUUGAAGUCGUGGUUCCGUAUAGGAAAAUUAGUUUGAAGAUUUGUUGAAAAAUCAGCAAGGAACCGGGACAGAAAUAUUUAUAUCGCCCCAAACACUUGCAAUUUCUUUCUACAACGAUAAACCAGAUCGGACAACCGUGAUGCGAUUACACAGAGAAGAUUAAAAAACAGCAUACAAGCACAGCUAAAAUUGGGGCAGUUGCUUUUUCUAUAAUGCAGUAUGGUUGGCAAAUUCCUUUUAAAUUGGACUAAGUGUUAUUUUGUUCACCUCGAUUUACAGCGGGAUGUCUCUGUCUUGCGCUCGCUCUGUCUCCCUCUCUCUCAAUUCCUCUUUUGUGGUUUGCACUGCCGUUAAACUAUGUAUUAAAGAAAGUUCGCAGUUUGCGUACCCUGCUUUCGCUUCGGGGUCAAAGCCCGUCAGUCCUAUUGGAGGAAAUCAGAACCCCCCCUGACAACUCUUUAAUCUGGGGUGAAAACCAGCUCUGAAAUGCAGAUCAACGUUUCGCGGAAUUUCUGGCGAAACCUCACGUGACAAGUCUGUACUGCCUGGCCGUUUCUAGUUAGGAGCUGGCUAGAGAUGAGCAAAUUCUGCUGAGGGCAAACCAGAGAUAGAGGGUGCUCGCCAGGCAGGCAGUACAAUCCUGUUGGUUAGACUGCAGUUAGUGAAGUGUUUGAAAUGCUUGCAUCAGUUCUGUGAAAUUCUGAAGGCCGAUUCCCAAGAGGCACCUUCCCCCGGCUUGGAGAGUCGAGUCAGGGGUGUGAUCGGGGCAGACGGACCCCUCAUAUUCGAUACAGCUGGUCCUUAUAAAGUAGCCAAGUAUCACACAAAGCAGGGGUUUUCAAAGCGCAACCCUGCUCAAAGCUGUUUAAUCUUAACUAAACCGCCAUCCAGGAUAGCAUAUUCCACUGGUAAAAAGUGAACGACCAAUCAGCAGUCCUACAGAGUUCUCUUUUCAAACCAGUUGAAACCAGAACUCGACAGCAUUAUCAUCCGUGAUCGUGGGGGGGCGGGUGGGCUGAGAAUGUGGACUUUCUUUUUUGAUUCUAAUGUAGGAAUAGGUCAACAAAAUUCCCAAAUUAAUUUCCCGUACGGAACUCUCAGUAAACGAAUGUGUUGGGUAGAAUAUAAGAAAACACCCGUGAUAUACAGCACACGCUUUUGUGCCAAUGGGUUUCCCCUUUUUUGUUUUGCUUUUUCAUGUAUAAAAGCAUCACCCCCCCAUUUUGCGGCCCCUUUUUCUUCUGUGGUUCAUUUCAGGGGUGUCCAAAGUCAGUUGUUCCACUCCUGGCUUUUGUUCCAACCCUGUUUUAAAAUCUGUUUAAAUUCAGGGGUCUCCAAUCCUGGACCCGGAGUUUCAA